AACGUAUGGGGUUUCGAGUCACAAACAAGCUAAAGAAGUCUUGCGGGAUAUGGGACAAGGUUUAAAAGAUGUUGGAGCAAAUAUUAUGGAUGGUCUGAGUGGAUUUUCUGGCAAACCAACAAGAACUCCUGGAUUUUCAUCACGUACCUCAGUGUCAAAUAUUGACAGACGUGGUGUUGUAGACAAUAUCAAAGGGGCCAAAGAUUCUGUUACAGAUUCUGCUAUGAGGGCAAGACUAUCAGCAUAUAGUAGUUCCCUUGAGCUUCCAGUCUUAAAUCCCUCUGUUAUGGCCAGGAGGACGAUGAUGAACAGAAGGGGACUGAGGACCGAGCCUUGGUCAUUAGUAUCCAAGCCCCGUGAAUUUGCUCAUCUAAUAAAGAAUCGCUUUGGAAGUGCUGAUAAUAUCAGUCAACUUGAAAUGCUGGUCCCUGUUCAGCAGAGAUUACCGAGGAAAAUAUCUGGACCAAAAGCACAUAAUUAUGAUUCUAUGGAAGAAAAUCCUACGGAAGAUAACUCCCACCACGGUAGUGGGACUUUACCAGCCAGCUUCAAAUAUGGUUCUGAAGAUGAUAACUCGAGCAUAACAUCUGGUUCAGGAUUUGGUGCCCAGAGUAGUCCACAUUCAGCUUCACAGAACAUGGCACAGCAACAACAGACCUCUUUGCCACCGACAUCAAUGCAGAUCCCCACUGUAAUCAAUCAGCCUUCCCCAUUUAACAUUGAGACUUACCAAUUGUUUGAGCAACAUGAUGCUAAUCGCAGAACUAUUGAGAAACUCCAAGAGAAAGUACAGCGAAUCAUAGACGAAUUUGACCCUUACAAGAACAAUUUACAUCAAGAUUUAAGUGAUCUACGCAGUCUGCUAGAAGAAGAACGAUAUCGAAGUGAACGGCUAGAAGAACAGUUAAAUGAUCUCACAGAACUGCACCAAAAUGAGAUGACAAAUAUAAAACAGGAAAUCAGUAGCAUGGAAGAAAAGUUAGAAUAUCAGCUAGAAGAACGUACCCGUGACUUACAUGACUUGCUAGACAACUGCCAAACUCGAAUUUCCAAAAUGGAGGUUCAACAACAACAACAGCAACAGCUGAUCUCCAUGGAGAUGGUGGAAAAUGUAACAUUCCGCACAUUGCUUACGAAACUAAUCAAUGUUGUCCUCGCAAUCUUGGCUGUGAUCUUGGUGUUUGUGUCAACAGCAGCUAAUCUAGUGGCUCCAUUCCUUACAACAAGAGCCCGAAUAUUAAGUACCACAUUGUUAAUAUUUGUUAUCGUAAUGUCUUGGAAGAAUUGUGACUACUUCCUGCAGAUUUUCGAUUAUAUUAUGUCAGAAUAUCGACGCCUGUUAUCCAAGCGAUAGCACCCAUAGUAAAUUAGUUGCAAUUUCCUAAAAAACAAAAGACUUACAUUGUCUCCAGGAGUGCUGCCUGUGUUGAGGACACCGACAAAUCUGCUGGCAACACACAGCAACUCAAACUUGUUGACAACGAACCGCGUGGAGCACGUGGCUGUGAUGAAGUAAAACUGGGCUGGACAGUUUCCACUUGCAAAGUAGUUGAUUCUUUGUGUGUCAGCAUUGUGACUUAGUUGCUACAACAGGGUAUUCCACUUGCAUACACAUAGAAGAUAACAUUGGUGUACCAAGAAUUGACAUACAUGUACACAUUUAAAACCACACUUUAACACAUACACACACACAAACAAAUGAUAUAUAUAUAUGUGUGCAUACACAUACAUAUAUACACAUGCACUUGAUCACAUACAAAUUACAUGUAUGUAUACCACUAAUUUAU